UCCGGUCUCUCUCUCUCUGCUGAUGGACCGCGGUCUGCAUCGCCUCUGUUUGGACCCUGCAGAGGAUGGAUGCUAAGGAUCCGGGGCACACGUGAGAUAGGCGUCCUCCUCUCCUCUCCUCUCCGCCACCGAGCUGCUGCAACGCCGGGCGCACAGCGAGACGCGGCCCGCACCACCGGAAUGCACGGAUUUAACAUGUCAUUCCGCCAGUGAGCCGUGUUACCGGAAAGGUUUGCCUUCUCUUUGCACAUAAUCGCCAGGGUAUUUCUAUCGAUGUAUAUCGAUCUAUCUAAAUGUUUAUAUAUAUAUCUAUAUAUAUAUAAAUAAUGGUACCGACGCUGCUCUCCAGAGGUGAUGUGAGGUGCUGAUGCGGCUCUAACAGAAGCGAGCAUGGCUGCCGGGAAGUUGCUGCUGUACGCCGGGCUCUCUCUUUCUCUCUGCGCCCUGGGCAUGCUGGCCGUGGCGAUGUGCUCCGACCACUGGUACGAGACCGACGCCCGGAGGUACAGGGAGCGGUGCCGAAGCUUUUCCAGCCGCCGCAAGGACCCGGGCUUCAUCUACAUUCCCAACAAGAGCCUGCCGCUGCGGGCCAGCCGGAGCAGCCUGCACCGCUGGGAGGAGAAGCUGCUGCUGGCCCGGAACCGACGGCAGCUGUUCGCCAUGAGCGCCGCGGAUGAGUGCAGCAGGCGGUAUAACUCCACCAACAUGGGGCUGUGGAGGAAAUGCCAUCGGCUGGGCUUCGACCAAGAAACCGAGGACCUCAUCCGUAAAGGUUCCAUUGCAAGAUGUUCCAACAUUAAGUAUCACUACUCCUCGGCUACGUUAACCAAAAACUUCUCCUUCAACAUCACCAAGACAAUAAAGCAGGAUGAGUGGCACUCCCUCCACUUGAGGCGAAUGACGGCAGGUUUCAUGGGCAUGGCGGUGGCCAUCAUCCUGUUCGGUUGGAUCAUUGGCAUGCUCGGCUGCUGCUGGGACAGAGGACUCAUGCAGUAUGUUGCCGGCCUCCUCUUCCUCAUGGGAGGAACCUUCUGCAUCAUCUCCCUCUGCACCUGUGUUGCCGGCAUCAACUUCGAGCUUUCCCGUUACCCUCGGGACCUCUACGGCCUAACUGAUGACAUCGGCCACGGCUAUGGCUGGUCCAUGUUCUGCGCCUGGGGAGGCCUCGGCCUCACCCUCAUCGCAGGCUUCUUCUGCACCCUGGCUCCCUCUGUCCAGCCGAUACCCCAAUCCACCUGUCCCAAGUCCCGACAGGAGAACGGCACUGUCUGCUGAAAGCUGGCAACUGUUACAAGACCAACUGAAACCACAGAUUGACAACAAACAAACAGAAAAAAAGAUGUUCCUUGUUUCCAUCUGUCCGCUCAUCUCCAGUCUCUCCUGGACACAGAUUUAUUUUUUAUUUGUGUGUGUUUAAAAAUGGGUGUCUAGAUGAUCUGGCAUCUUGAAAAAGAAGUAUUAUCAAAAAUUUGAAGUUAUGCUUGUUUUAUUGUUGUGGAGCAGAUGAGGAAAUAGACCACAUCCCGAGAAAGGUUUUGAGGUAAUACUUCAAGACAAGACUCUGAAAGAGGUGCUCUAAACCUCCUACAACAAGAUGGACUAAGGUGAAUUGCUUCCAUUACACGGUUUACUGUGAUUUUGGAGAACUCAAUGAAUCAGCAGUGUUGGAGGGAAACUGGGUCCCUUUGAGCCUUCUGUGGGGUAAUUCACAAGGGAAUGGACCAGAUGUGAAAUCAUGUAACUUACUGGGCUUGGGUCAGAUGUUGUGUCCAUCUGUUAACUUUCAGUAAUCCAACUUCAGAGUAGGACAUGCGUAUUGAGGAGAUCCAGGACCUCCACUGUUAUAUUCCACAGAAGUGACAACCAGGAACUUUUAUGUUGGACCAUUUUCAUUCUGAUGUCGGUGCAUUUUAUUCUGUCUGAUGAUCCCAUCUGCCAUUUAAGAUUUGAUACAUGCAUUCCUCUUUCAUUCAAAGUGUAUUUUCCUUUUUACUGAAACCUUCAUGUUGUGAAAGAGUGUACGUUUAGGGCAAGUGUUUGUUCCAUUUCUUUCCGUUCUAGUCAUAGAGGUACAUAGAGGGGCUGUUUUGCAGGCUCCGUGAUCAAAAGAAAAACCAACAAGUACAGGGUUAAAAAGAGGUCACCUCACUCCUUCAAAAUAUGCUUAGACUGAAGGACAAAAGGCUUCAGACACCAAAUCAUAAGUCAGAAAACAAAAUACACAUUAGCAUGGGAUUACAUAUUCCUAUUCUCAGUAGGGGAGAUGAUCAUAAUGAAAUAAAUAGGCCAUUUAAACUCACCAGGACCAAAUACAGCAGCUAGGCUGUGAAGGCACACAUACGGACAUCCAGUCAUCCCAAUACAAAAUGCAGACAUUGAAAGGUAGUGAGACCACAGUCAAUGUGUUCCUCCAUUGGACAAACCACAGUAUAUCUGAUCCAAAAACAAAGCCUGAACUGGGAUCUGUUCAAGAAUAAUUCCUGCUAAUUACAAUCUGGGUCCUUUUUCACAGGCCCUUGUCCUGGAAAGAGAAAUGUUGAUAUGCUUUCUGGAUUAGAUUGCGGUAUCUCAACUUUUUUGUCAGACAAAGCCUUUGUUCCAAAUAGUUCAGUCCAGUUUUUUAUUUAAGAUCUAAAAGUCACCAUAUUUGGAUAAGAGAGUGCAGCCGGGGAGGAGCAAGGCGCGGCCAAGGACAUUGACAUAACAAUUGCACCUUCAAUGGAAACUACUCAUCCAGCUAAACCCCAACUGGAGACCAGCAGGGUAAGAAGUUAUGUCCACACUACUAUGUUUCUAUUUUAAAACGCAUAUCUUUUGCUACGUUUACACUGAGCGUCCACACAACGCCAGAGUUUUAGGGCUUGAAAAGUGUUUGAAAACUCCAGGGUUACGUCUUCGUGUAGACGGGCGUAACUUAGGCUUAGAAAGCGAUGACUUAGACAUCUACGUUUUCUACUUGAUUGGGUCUUAGCAGUCCCGACAUGUCCUUCCCUGAUUGUUCAUGCCCCAACCACGUGACCCUCUUCUGGAAGAAAGCCAACAGCCAGGUCUACGAGCAACAGUUGGACCUCGUUGUCGGUCAAAGCAAAGACCUCUCUUUAGCCAUUGCCGUUCUUCCUCCACAGUAUUUUCUGCAACUCAAACAACUGCAGUGCGUAGAAGAUGAGCUUCUUGUUCACACCGUCACAGUGUUUGUGAUGGUCAUAUCACAUGUCCAAAGGUUGCCGUGGGGACCUAGAUCAUUUCAAAAACGAUGUGUGGACAGAGAUGGUUUUCAUUUUAAAAUGAAAGCGCAUUAGUGUGGAUGUAGCCUCAGUCAGUGUUUUUAAUCAUUUUAUUGUUACCUAGCGACAACUGAUGAUCAGAGCUUCAAUUUCUCAUUAUUUGGGGAUAAUUAUGUUGUAUCCAUGUCUGUUUCCUUAUAGUAAUUCCUCUGAGCCUUCAAACAGACAAGCUUCUCAGACAAGAGCACAAGUGACAUAUAAUAAACUGCGUAGAUAUUUAUUUAUGCAUAGCCCAAAAUCCAAAUGACAAACUCCCCUCAGAGGGCUUUAUAAUCUGUACACAUACGACAUCCCUGUCCCAGGACCUCACAUCGGAUCAGGAAAAACUCCCCAAAAGGACUUAACAGGGAGAAAAAGGGAAGAAACCUUCAGGAGAGCAACAGAGGAGGAUCCCUCUAUCAGGAUAAACACAACUGCAAUGCCAACACAUAUAAUAACAUAAUCUUAUAUAAUAAUGAAGUCAUCAUCAACCGUUUUUGAGCCUGAGAUAAUGAGAUAAUGGUAACGGUAAGUAAAGAUGAGCAUCACAAAAUACAAAGAGUGAAAGGAGUUGUGGAGUAUUGUUUUUGUCUGACCUCCACAAUCGUGAUGUGACAGUGCUGUGUAAUAAUUAAACGUUGUCAUUAUCAUCAAACUUAUGGGUAUAAAUCAUCAAACUUGU